AUGGAAGACUCAGACGGAGACAUCAACUUCGACUUCGAGGGGGGCCUCGACGCCACCGCAGCCGCGGGCCCCACAAAUCCGGGUCCACCGUCUAAUUCUCUGAUGCAGUCCGACUCGGGCGUUGCGGCGGUGGAAACCAACCCUGCCGCUGCGGCGCCACAACCCAACCACCCGAAUCCCAACCGGUCGGGUGGGCGGAGCUACCGCCAAACGGUGUGCCGUCACUGGCUGCGUAGCCUUUGCAUGAAGGGCGAGGCCUGUGGGUUCCUCCAUCAAUACGACAAGUCACGCAUGCCUGUGUGCCGCUUCUUCAGGUUGUACGGCGAGUGCAGGGAGCAGGAUUGCGUGUACAAGCACACCAACGAGGACAUUAAAGAGUGUAAUAUGUACAAGUUAGGGUUUUGUCCAAAUGGUCCUGAUUGCCGGUAUAGACAUGCAAAGCUGCCUGGACCUCCACCUCCUGUGGAAGAAGUCCUUCAGAAGAUUCAGCAUUUGAAUUCUUAUAAUUACAACACCUCAAAUAAAUUUUAUCAACAACGGAAUGCUGGCUUUCCCCAACAAGCCGAUAAGUAUCAGUCUGCACAAGGCCCCAAUUCCGUCUAUCAAGGUGUGGUUGGAAAACCUUCAACAGGAGAGUCUGCUAAUGUCCACCAGCAGCAACAGGUUCAACAAACCCAACAACAGGUUGGCCACACGCAGACACAAAAUCUACCCAAUGGCCUAGUCAAUCAGGCAAAUAGAAGUGCGCCUUUGCCUCAAGGAAUAUCUAGGUAUUUUAUUGUUAAAAGUUGCAACCGUGAAAAUUUGGAAUUAUCUGUACAACAAGGAGUGUGGGCAACUCAAAGGAGCAAUGAGUCCAAACUUAAUGAAGCUUUUGACUCUGCUGAAAAUGUGAUUUUAAUUUUCUCAGUCAACCGGACUCGACAUUUCCAGGGUUGUGCAAAGAUGAUGUCCAGAAUUGGUGGGUCUGUUAGUGGAGGGAACUGGAAAUAUGCACAUGGAUCUGCGCAUUAUGGGAGAAAUUUCUCUGUCAAAUGGUUAAAGCUAUGUGAACUGUCCUUCCACAAAACUCGUCAUUUGAGGAACCCCUACAAUGAGAACUUACCAGUAAAGAUAAGUAGAGAUUGUCAAGAGCUAGAGCCCUCCAUUGGUGAGCAGUUGGCUUCCUUGCUUUAUCUUGAGCCAGAUAGUGAACUUAUGGCAGUUUCAAUUGCGGCAGAGUCAAAACGCGAAGAAGAAAAAGCAAAGGGAGUCAAUCCGGAGAAUGGUGGUGAGAACCCAGACAUUGUCCCAUUUGAGGACAAUGAAGAGGAGGAAGAGGAAGAAAGUGACGAUGAGGAAGAGAGCUUUGGUCCAGUUCCGGGGGUAGGAAAUGAGGGCAGAGGAAGAGGCAGAGGAGGAAUCAUGUGGCCCCCUCACAUGCCACUAGCAAGAGGUGGUAGACCUAUGCCUGGGAUGCAGGGUUUUCCCCCAGGAAUGAUGGGUGCUGAUGCAAUGCCCUAUGGACCUGCACCUGACGGAUUUGGUAUGCCAAAUCCUUUUGGUGUGGGCCCUCGUGGUUUCAAUCCAUAUGGUCCCAGGUUUUCUGGUGAUUUUACAGGGCCCACGCCUGGCAUGAUGUUUCGUGGGCGACCACAACAACCUGGAUUUCCACCUGGUGGUUAUGGGAUGAUGAUGGGUCCUGGACGUGCACCAUUUAUGGGAGGCAUGGGGGUUGGAGGUGCAAAUCCAGGCCGGCCUGGUCGGCCAACUGGUAUGUCUCCAAUGUUUCCACCACCAUCAUCUCAAAACACUAACAGGAUGCAGAAGAGAGAUCCAAGGGGACCUUCCAAUGAUCGAAAUGAGAGAUAUAGUGCUGGCUCAGGCCAGGGGAAGGGUCAAGAGAUUCCAGGUUCAGCUGGUGGACCAGAUGAUGAGGCACGUUAUCAGCAAGCAUCAAAGGCUUACCGGGAAGAUCAGUACGGUGCUGGUAACAACUCUAGAAAUGAUGAUAGUGAAAGUGAGGAUGAGGCACCGAGGCGGUCAAGGCAUGGAGAGGGAAAGAAGAAAGGGAGAGGCUCAGAAGGAGAUGUUACCUCUGAGCACUAG